AUGGAUACCCUCGUCGCACAAUACACCCAGCCGAAGUUCGAGAAAGAGAACUACUCGGAAGAUGACCAGAUGGAGCUGUACCAGCCAACACCAAGCUUGUCUCUUAAGUUCGCCAUGCCUCCUGUAGCCCAACCUUCAGCCUGGCUGCGCGCAGCAACAGAUGACCACGCCAACCCCAACUGCCCCAUCAAGAUUGCACACGGUACAACAACAUUAGGAUUUCGAUUCCAAGGCGGUAUAAUAAUAGCUACCGAUUCGCGAGCUACAGCGGGGAAUUGGAUUGCCAGUCAAACUGUCAAGAAGGUCAUCGAGAUCAACAAUUGUUUACUGGGUACUAUGGCCGGUGGUGCUGCUGACUGUCAGUACUGGCUCGCAUACCUAGGUAUGCAAUGCCGCCUCCACGAACUCCGCCAUAAGCGCCGUAUCUCUGUCGCUGCGGCCUCUAAAAUCCUCGCCAAUCUUGUCUACUCCUACAAAGGCAUGGGGCUGUCGAUGGGGACGAUGUGCGCUGGCGUGACUCCCUCCGAAGGCCCUGCUCUCUAUUACAUUGAUUCCGACGGCACACGUUUGGCCGGAAAUCUCUUCUGUGUCGGUUCCGGACAGACAUUUGCAUACGGUGUGCUGGAUGCGGAAUAUAGAUAUGAUUUGAGUGACGAAGAAGCGCUGGAGCUGGGAAGGAGGAGCAUUUUGGCCGCCACUCACAGAGAUGCCUAUUCAGGUGGUUUCAUUAACCUGUAUCACGUAAAGGAGGACGGAUGGGUUAAGCAUGGGUUCAGUGAUACAAACCCAAUAUUCUGGAAGACGAAAUUGGAGAAGGGAGAGUUCUCUAACGUUACUAGCGAACUCGUGUAA